AUCUCACGUGCCAAACCCUUUGAAUUCGAAUCGUCCUCCCAUAUUUAACACGUAUCCAACACCACCGCACUUCACGGCGUAUUUUCCCAUAUUAGGCUAGCAUCCGGCGCCACUCUUCGCCUGGAAUUGGAGACUCAGUAGCACAACAGGGCUGGCUGUCGCCUACCCAUCCACUCAAACCAGGGUUAGAACCGCCAUAACCAUUUCAGGAAAAAGUUAGUUUUUAAGUCCAUGUGGUAGCUUGAAUCUCUCAGAAAAUUCCAGAAAUCUCUCAACAGAUUCUGUCUCAGUUUGAACUUCGAAGCUGUACAGACAUGCAAGAAAGGAGGUAAAACUCCAGAUGGUGUCUCCUGAGCUGUCUCAUUCCCAGUCUUCUUCCAUGGUGAAGUCUAAGAACAGGACCUCUUGGUCCCUCACAGAUGGGUUUCUUUACCUGUGUGGAGCAUUCUUAGCCCUUUUGUUGGUUUGGUGUUUCUGGUCGUUUUUCAUUCCCGGAUCGGAUUUUGAGCCGGAGGUUACUGGGUCAUCGAAACUGAAGGAUUCCCAAAGUUGCGCUGAUUCUGGAAUGGGGGUUGAUCUGGGGUACGACCCGAAGGCGACCACCUUCUAUGAUGAUCCAGAAAUGAGCUACUCUAUUGAGAAGCCGGUUAAGGGCUGGGACGAGAAGCGGAAGGAGUGGCUGAAGCAUCACCCUUCAUUCGCCGCCGGAGCCAGUGAGAGGAUCGUUCUCGUAACGGGGUCUCAGUUAAAACCUUGUAAGAAUCCGAUCGGCGACCAUUUGCUUUUGAGGUUUUUCAAGAACAAAGUGGACUACUGCAGAAUCCACGGUUACGACAUCUUCUACAACAAUCUGUUACUGCACCCGAAAAUGCACACGUACUGGGCGAAGUUACCAGUGGUCAAGGCGGCGAUGCUGGCUCACCCGGAGGCCGAGUGGAUCUGGUGGGUCGACUCGGACGCGGCGUUCACCGACAUGGAAUUCAAGCUCCCAUUAGAGAGAUACAAGAACCACGACCUGGUAGUUCAUGGGUGGCCCCGUAUGAUUUACCAAGACAAGAGCUGGACCAGCCUCAACGCUGGAGUUUUCCUGAUCAGAAACUGUCAGUGGUCCAUGGAUUUGAUCAACGUAUGGGCUAACAUGGGUCCCAUGAGUCCGGAGUACGAGAAGUGGGGACAGAUUCAGAAAUCAACGUUCAAGGACAAGCUCUUCCCGGAAUCGGACGAUCAGGCGGCUCUGAUCUACCUUCUCUACAAACACAGAGACAAAUAUUACGAUCAUAUCUACUUAGAGGGGGAAUUUUAUUUUGAAGGGUAUUGGGUCGAAAUCGUCGGCGGAUACGAUAACAUCACGGAGAGGUAUUUGGAAAUUGAGAGGGGAGUGCCCAAGUUACGGCGGCGUCACGCCGAGAAAGUGAGCGAGCAAUACGCUGCAUUUAGGGAGGAGUACCUGAAGGAGGCAGGAAACGGGAGGGGAAGCUGGAGGCGGCCGUUCAUCACGCACUUCACCGGGUGUCAGCCGUGCAGUGGGGACCACAAUCAAAUAUACGACGGUAAGUCCUGCUGGGGCGGGAUGAUAAAGGCGUUGAAUUUCGCCGACAAUCAGGUCCUCCGCAAGUAUGGGUUCGUCCACCCUGAUCUACGGAAUUCAGCCUCCGUGUCGGAGGCGCCAUUUGAUUAUCCUGCUGAAGAGGGCCCAUGGUAAAAGAAUCAAAGCAGAAGAGAAGCCUUAUUUGAUGCAUCCAAUUUCAGUUCAGUCAUGAAAACAAACCUCUGUUCAUCAUCUUUGGAGUGCACUUGGAAUGGCUGCAUUUGGUUAUUUGCAUCUGAUACUAACUGGAAAGUUUCCUGUUAGAAAUCAGUCAUGUUAUCCAGGUUUUUUUGGAACCAUCAUUCACAUGCUUCUCAGAUGUAGAAAACAGUCCUGGAUUUGGAUAUCUUUAUAAGAUGCUCAUCAGAGCAUGCAUUAUAAUUUGGCCAAGUGCAUAGUGUUUUCAACUUUGAAAUGUUCAUCUAUAUUACUUGCAUGUUGUGGAUCUUGUAGUACAAAAGAUAUUUUAUAUAAACUAAGUUUGAGAGAAUUUAGAAAGCGUCAACCAGAAAAUGUGACGAGAACUAUUAUAGAUACUGUCAAAAACUUGUUCAAUUAACUAAGGGAAGAUUCAUUUGGAAAACAGCCUGUUGGAUUAUUCUAUUAUGUUCAAGCCACAAAUGAUAUACUACAACAUUCCAAGCUACCUUAACCAAAGUGUGAUGCAAAGCUUUUAGGCUUUGUCUUCUUAUAUAAUCCACUUUUGCUCAUAAAUGUCAGAGAUGGGGGAUGAUGAUAUAACACCCACUCUGUUUCUCUUGGUUUCCAGAAGAAUCAAUCUUGCAUUAUGAUGAAAAAACUGCUCAUGUCACUGCAAAGCAGCCCAAUCAAGAGGGACUGGGGCA